AUGGUCCAUUCCCCCCCCGCCGCUCUUCAUUUGCCAAAUCUGGAGACCGGCGCGACCGCAGCCCCUCUUAUAAGAACAGAGGAGGGCGAUUUCCAGGGCGUGGUGGCCCUAGAAGAAGAUCUCCUCGUCGGGGCCGGGGCGACCGCCGUGGAAAAGAUCGCCGCCGCUCCGAUAUUCCACGGUUGGAUCGGGACCGAUCUAGGUCACCUGUGCGCGGCCGAGGAUACCAUCCAUCACCAGACCGUCGCUCUCCGCCGCCGAGUGGCGACGGUCAUAGCGACAGAGGUUCUCGCUACCUAUCCCGCUCAGUAUCUCGACAUUCUGCUGGCUCAAGGAGAUCUACACAUCAUCAACAUGUACCAGGUGACGAGCCAGCGUGGCGCUCCUCCAAUGCAUGAGAUGCGGCAAUCAGAUGUGCCCAAUAAACCACGCCGUCGGUCUCGGCCACAUCUUGAGCCUCAGCAAUAUUCAACCUCGCCGCAGUUCACGUCAGCUAGUUCAUAUCAUGGAUCUCCCCCGCCAGUUUCUCCACACUCUGGAGGACGAGCUGGUUGGAACAAUCAACCUUCUUAUACCGCCCCUAGACCCUCUUCACCUUACCGAACAGAUAAUUACCACCCUCAAAAUGCUCCCUCUGGACAGUCCCAUCACAUGCAUCAAUCAUUCGAUGGUCCACCAAACAACCAUUCUCAGCCCUAUGGUGGUUCGUCAUAUCGUGGAGGUCAUUCUGGCUACCGCGGAAACCAUGCAAACCAGGGCCCAGAUCGCCGAUUUUCUGGUCCUGGCUCUCACCAGUACAACAAUGGGCCAGCUCACCGUGGCGGCAGAGGCAAUUUCAAUAACUUCCAAUGGACCUCACGUGGUCGUGGUGGGCGUCAGAGCCCCCGGCCACUGCAUUCUCAUGCCCCCCAGACGCCUCCUCGCCCAUCCUCGGUCAAUGAUCCUCAAUCACCGCGCGCACCGGACAAUGAGCACAACCAUCGUUCCACAAGUAACAGAGAUGUUCAAGGAGAUGAUUUCCGGGAUCCACCGGUGCCAGAGAGUGGAGAUGGUCCGGUGGACGGACGAAACAUGCCACUACCAAUUCGUGAUCAAGAGGCUUCAACUCCGGCAGACAAGGGCGGAAAGUUCAGUUUCGCUUUCAAGGCGAAGACUACUCCUACUACGGCUCCGAAACCGGUGCCAGAUCUGGCACAGCGAAUGCAAGUCCGUGAGGCGCCGCCUCGUGCUCCUGCUGCCGAUGCACCAUCCCCUCGUAAUCGCUUGACCAACGGACCUCUACCGAAAUUCAAGCCAGAACCCCGGGCCGAUCGCCGUGAACGGGAUCGUGGACGAGAUCGGGACCGCAGGAAUACUCGCGACUCACGAGAUUUCCGAGAUCCAAGGGAGCAUCGAGACGACCGCCGAUUUGAUCAGCGUCGGGACCGACGACGGGGCGACCGCCGCACUGAUUUCCGACCAGAUCGCCGCCGAGAUGUGUCACCUGAGCCUCCAAGAGAGCCGCUCAAGCGAAUGGUGACGCUGACUCGGUAUAAGGAACGCCCAACCUUACCAGCGCACUACGCCACUGUUGACUCGGUGUACUACCGGAAGCCAGGCAACGAAUCUGUGAUCGGUGCAGGUACAUACGGCAAAGUCUUCAAAGGAAUCCAUGUGUUUACCAAGCGUGAAGUUGCUUUGAAGAAGAUUCGAAUGGAAGGCGAAAAAGAUGGGUUUCCCGUCACAGCUGUGCGAGAAAUCAAGCUUCUUCAGCACCUUCGAAGUCACAAUGUGGUCAGUCUUUUGGAAGUCAUGGUUGAGAAGAACGAGUGCUUCAUGGUCUUCGAAUACCUUUCGCAUGACUUGACUGGUCUCAUCAAUCACCCUGAAUUCUCACUCAACCUAGCGCACAAGAAGGAUUUGGCCAAGCAAAUGUUUGCAGGGUUGAACUUUCUCCACCACCGCGGUGUCUUACAUCGAGAUAUCAAGGCUGCCAACAUCCUGAUCAGUAAUACCGGCUUGUUGAAGUUUGCCGACUUUGGCCUGGCCCGCUUCUUUUCGAAGAGCCACAAGAUGGAUUAUACCAACCGCGUGAUUACGAUCUGGUACCGGCCACCCGAGCUUCUUCUGGGUGAGACACGGUACGGCCCUGCUGUUGAUGUGUGGAGUGCUGCAUGUGUUUGCAUGGAGAUGUUUACGAAGAAGGCCGUUUUCCCUGGCGACGGGGGUGAAAUCAGCCAACUUGACAAGAUCUACAACUGUUUAGGUACUCCAACUCGGGCUGAGUGGGCAGACUUCGUGGAAAUGCCGUGGUUCCAAAUGAUGCGCCCACAGGAACGUAAGAAGCGGAUGUUCGAAGACAUGUAUCGAGAGACAUUGACUCCUGCCGCGAUGGAUUUGAUCUCGUCUGUAUUCCAGUACGACCCUGCCAAGCGGCCUACCGCCGAACAAGUAUUGCAACACCCCUACUUCCUGACCGAGGAACCAGCUCCUCAGCAGGCCACUGAGCUGGAGUUUAUGGAAGGGGAUUGGCACGAGUUCGAAUCCAAGGCGCUUCGCAAGGAAGCUCGUCGCGUUGAGGCUCAAGCGCAAACCCAGAAAGAUCGGGAGAAGCGCAAGGCAGAGGCCUCUAGUGAUCGUGACUCCAAGAGAGCGCGGGCGGCAUCUCCUGACGAAGCGGGACCCCCCAGAUGA